AUGGCGACUCGGCGAGAAGUUCCUACUCGUCCGGUCAGCCAGCCAGCUGCCGAUGGCGCAGCGACUACGCCUACGAUCCUAGGGAAACAGCCCCCUCAGGUCAUCAAAAAGCUUCUUCACUGGGACGAUCUGCCUCAUUGGCAGAAGGACAACCAGCACAUCCAUACCGGAUAUCGGCCCGCCUCGUUCUCCUUCUUGCUCUCCCUGCAGUCGUUGACCUAUCUUCACAACGAGACGGUGAACAUCUACUCGCAUCUGCUGCCCUCGCUGUUGGCGGUUCCGGCCGCCGUCUGGUUGCAUCGCGUGUUAGCGCCGCGGUAUGAGACGGCGACCCGUGCGGACCUCGUGGCAUUCGGAUGUUUUUUUGCCGGGGCGGCGUUUUGCCUGGGCAUGUCCGCUACAUACCACACCAUUUCGAAUCACUCGCCGUUGGUGGCCCGCGUGGGCAAUGCCUUCGACUAUGUCGGGAUUGUAGGCCUGAUCGUGGGCAGCUUCGUUCCUAGUGUAUACUUUGGCUUCUACUGUGCACCGGACUUGCAACGCCUGUAUUGGACGAUGAUCUGCACCCUGGGUCUUGGCUGCGCCGUUGUUUCCAUUCUCCCUUGGUUCCGGACUCCUCGGUGGCGGCCCUUCCGCGCGGCCAUGUUUGUCGGUAUGGGCCUGUCAGCAGUGUUCCCCGUGAUCCAUGGGUUACAAUUGUACGGGCUGGACCAGAUGAUGCGCCAAAUAGGCCUAGGAUGGCUUCUUCUCCAAGGCUUCUUGUAUGUCCUGGGGGCUGGGAUUUAUGCGGCUCGAGUGCCGGAACGAUUGCAACCCGGAAAAUUCGAUCUUUGGGGCAGCUCACAUCAGAUCUUUCAUGUGUUGGUGGUAUGUGCCGCCGUGGCUCACCUGACGGGGCUGCUGAGGGCAUUCGAUUACAGACACAAUGGGCUGACGGAAUCUUGUCUCCUAUGA